AUGUAACAAUAAUUAUUAAAGCCUUAAUCUAAAGAACAUGCUCUACAAAUUUUACAAUAAGGAUUUUAAAUGUAUUAAUAAUAAGGACAUGUCAGUUUUAAUGAAAAUGCUAAUGUAAUACAAUAACCAGAAAGAAUGAGUUUUAAUGAAUAGAAGUAGAAAUCUCAUCCAAAAGUUCACAAUGUUUUUGAUAAUCAGAAGAGAAUUAGAAAUAAUUAACAUUAAGUUGAAUAAAGUCUUGUUGGAAAUAGAUUUGAAAUACCUAUAUUGCCUUCUGGAAAAUAUCUAAAAUUUAAUGUUCUUUCAAAUUGGGGAGAUAAAUAACAAGUUGGUCUAAAUGGAAUAGAAGUCUUUGAUUCAUAGGGAGGUAAUAUAACAAGAUAUAUUAAAAUGCCUAUGUAAGAUGAAUAUAUAGAAAAAUUGAAGUUGAUUGAUGGUUAUUAGGCAGUUAAAGAUGAUAAACAUAUUUGGAAAACUAAGAAUUUAAAACCAGAAAUCAUUAUAGAUUUAACUGCAAAUAUUAAAAUUUCAUUAAUUAGAAUUUGGAAUUAUAAUAAAUCUAGAAUUAGAUCUUAUAAAGGUGUAAGAUUAUUAAAAAUUACUUUAGAUGAAAGAAUAGUAAACUAUUUAUGUAAUAUUUUAGUUAGAUAUUUUAUGGACAUAUUUAGAAAGCAACAGGAGAUCUAAAAAAGUUAUAAGAUAAUUGUGAAUACAUUUUAUUUACAUAAGAUUAAAAAAUAAUUAGUAGAAUUGCUGAAUUAGAUUGGUUAAAUAAAAGAGCUGAAGAUUAUUCUAUUUAAAUUUUAUAAUAGACUCUUAGUAUUCAAUAAAUUAGGCCAGGUACUGGAACUAAGUUAUAGUCAUCAAAUUCAAGAUAGUAAAGUGAUUAAUCUCCUUCUUCAAAAUUGUAUUCAUCUAGAAUUUAAUAAAAAAUAAAUAAUGAAUAAGAAUAACUUUUGCAAAUAUAAAGAUAAUAAUAAUAUUAUCAAUAGCAGUAAUAAUAAAAUUAUUAAUAACAAUAAUAUUAGAUAUAGAAACCUUAAAAUAAAUAAGAAAAAGUAUUAACGUAAUAACCUGAAUACAUAUCAGUUAGUGAUUUAUUGUUAGAAUUUAAUAAUGGAUCAAAGAGAUUCCUAGGAUUGAAUUGUAUGAUUUUGAUUAAUUAAAAAAACGAAUAAAUUCAUUAAGAUGAGAUUUCAGAUUCUAAUUUAAUUGAUUAUGAAUUGCAACGACUAUUUUAUUCUAAUAAUCCAACAUCAAUUAGUUCAUCUAACAUGGUUUGGUUAAAAUAAAAGAAAAUAUACAUAAAAUUUAAAUAAUAAACAAAACUAUCAAUGAUCAAAUUUUAUAAUUGCAAUUAAAUUGUAAGUGAAUCAACAUUUAUAGGACCAGAAAUUGUUAAAAUUACAUAUAAUGGAAGAUUCAAAAUAUACAGUAAUUAUUUAUUUUUAUUUAUAGAUUUGAGACCUGCUCCUUGUGAAGAAAUUAAUUUUGUUUAAACAAUUAUUUUAACAUAACCAAAUAAUAAUUCUUAUUCUAGUAAUUUAACAAAUAAUUAUGAACUAUUUAAUAACAAUUAUAUUAUAGCUUACCCUCCUUGUGGGAUGCUUAUAACUAUUUAUUUGCUUAAUACUUGGGGAGACAGUAAUUAUAUCGGUUUAAAUGGGAUUGAGAUUUAUGACAAUUAAGGAUCAGCUUUAUUAUAAUAAAAAGUCAUUCCUUAUUCAAUUCAUUCAGUUCCACAAGUAUUUUAAAUUAAAAUAUAAUUAAAGUUAGAUGAUGAUCCAAGAGUUGUUUAAAAUUUAGUAAUUCCUCCUUAUGAUAUCAAUUGUUAACCAUAGAAAAGCUUUUUAGCUCCAUUUAUUAAUACUCCAAUGGAAAAGUUAAAGAAUAAGAAUUCAAUAAUAAUAUAAAAGGCAAGGGAUUUAGAGAGAUAAGAUAUAAAUAAGAUUUAUAUAUUGUUUGAUAAAUUUACAGCUUUUAGUGGCAUAGACUUUUACAAUUAUACUAAAGAUUGGUAAAGAGGAGUUAAAGAAGUUCAUAUUUAUAUUAAUAAUCGAUUAAUUUACUAAGUAUAUUAUUAAUAUUUACAUUUAGGGUAAUAUCAAUUAAACCUUUUAAGAUAUUAAGAAGAAUAUAUUUAACAAAACUACUAUAUUAUUUUAAGAUUCUAACUCUAUAAAAUAAUAAUUAAAUCCAUACUUUUAUCAAUUUCCAGAUGAAUAGGUUUCAUUGAUUGAUGAGAAUAAAUAAUUGACUUAAAGAGAAUAUUAAUAGCAUUUCCCAUAAUAAUUGAUUAGACCUAAAACAAGCGUUAAAUUAUGA